AUGCUUAGAAUCACACCUAUUUCCCUGCUUACAUUUGAGGAGAAGAUGGAAACUACAACAUUGGAUGAUUACGCUGGCAAUUACAGCUAUGAGGAGCUGGUAGAACCAUGUGAUAGUAAUGGUGCAAACUAUCUGGGAGCUCAAAUUUCCUUCAUCUACUACUUCAUGUUUCUCUUCAGUCUGGUUGGCAACGGGCUGGUCCUGGUCAUCAUCCAUCGGUUUGAGAGGCUGACCACUGUGACCAACAUUUUGCUGCUGAACCUAGUGAUGUCCUCCUUGAUCUUCAUGAGCAGCCUUCCAUUCCUGGGAGUGUACAAUCAGCUCUAUAACUGGAUCUUCGGCAACGUUAUGUGCAAGAUUGUAGGCAGUGUCUACUUCCUGGGCUUAUACAGUUCUGUCCUGUUUCUGGCUCUCCUGACCUUUGACCGACACCUUGCAGUUGUUUACUCCUUGGGUGCACCACGAAUGAGAAGUCAACGCUACGCAUUUCUCUGCUGUGCUGUGGUGUGGCUGGUCAGCAGUCUGGCGUGCAUCCCAUCCAUGAUUCUACACAGAAGUUUUUAUUACGCCGUUGAUGACGCAAUACUCUGUCAGGAAAAUCCUGGUGACUUCACAGAUCCUACUACUGUAACCCAUCUGAGAAAUUCUGCAUUUUACAUUCAGCUUUUUCUUUUCUUGCUCUUUCCUCUGAUUGUUAUUGUGUACUGCUAUGUUAGGAUUGCUAUCACUGUCAUAUCAUCCAAAUUAGUUACCAAGUUCAAGACAGUCAGGUUGAUAUUUGUCAUUGUCCUGUUAUUUUUUAUUUCCUGGAUCCCAUACAAUGUUGUACUACUGACUGACCAUGGACACCAGAGCUGUGAGGAAAGGAAGAGGAGAGGUUUUGCAGAUCAAGUCACUCGUAAUCUUGCCUACAUUUACUUCUGCAUCAGUCCCAUCUUCUAUACAUUUGUUGGGGAAAAGUUCCAAAACUACUUCAGACAGAUGAUGGUAAAACGCUUCCCAGGGUUAAAGAAGUAUAUUUCUGUCGAUCAGGUCAGCAGAAGUAAUAUGUCCACAAAAACUACACAAAAUGAAUUGAGCAGUGACAAACUCUGAAGAAUAUAAUGCUGUCUGUAGCAGAAGUGAAGCCAAAAUAUAAACCAUUACAACAUACAUAUGUCAGUUACCUAUGCCCAAAACCACAGGAAGAGAUGGAUCACUGGUGGUUCAUUUACAAACUGGUUGGAAGACUUACUGCCCUUUAGUAGUCAGAAGUUGAUAAAUAAAGCUCUACAUUUAAAGCUGAGAAACUCCAUUUGUAAGAAAUAAUGUGAAAUAAUGUUCCAUGGUGUCCUGGUUGUGGUUAUGGUUAAAUAAUUUAAUAAUCAUCCAUAAUCCCAUUUAAAGUAUUCACACCUAUAUCUGUCUAGAUAAGUCAGACUACACUUAAGCUUUUCCAAAACAGUGAG